AUGGCUACCCCUCGUGGGAGGGAAGCUCUCAAGUUCUCCGGACAUGCUGUUGGCGGCUCCUCCAUAGACUCCCAACGGGCUGGACGGCGGUGCGGCCAUCACGAGCCUCCUGGUCCUGGACCCCUACUUCCGAGGAAAGAAGUCGAUGGCCGGAGAGACUAUAGGACGACGAGCACAGAAGACGGGCUAGACGGCAGCGCUGCCAUCACGGGCCUCCUGCUCCUAUGCCAGAGCCUACCAUGCCUCGGCACUUCACUGACCCUUAGACGAAAUGCCAACAGCUCUGGUAUUGAACAUUUAGCUGCUCAGAAGAAACGCAACAACACUGAAAAUGAGGGUGAAUAUAAGGUCCAUCGAUCUGAAUCAACUAAGAGUUUGUCUGCAAAAGCUUAUAGUAGCAGCUAUGCUGUUGUCGCUUCAGAAGAUGAGGAUGUCUGCCCUACUUGCCUGGAAGAAUACACGCCAGACAAUCCAAAAAUAAUAACCAAGUGCUGUCACCAUUUUCAUCUUGGUUGUAUUUAUGAAUGGAUGGAGAGAAGUGAUACAUGCCCAAUUUGUGGUAAGGAAAUGGAGUUUUGCGAGAGCCCAUGAUAGCCUUUCGGUUUACAUGAUCUCACAUGAAGUCUGAGCUGUAGGAAAUGGAGUUCUGUGAGAACUAAUGAUAGCCUUUCGAUUUACAUGAUCUCAGAUGGGAGCAAGGGAAACAUUCUACAGAGUACAAUAGAAUGCUGGAGAAUUGUAAAUAAUAGUUCCUUAUGCAUGCGAUGUCCAAAUAGAUCCCUUUCUCGAGAUCAGUUUCUUACAUGUACUGAGAUGGUUAUCUGUCUUACUAAAUUCAUGCUAGAAUUUGCUUGG